AUGCAGUGCACACUCUGGGUUGCCAUAUCCUUUGUUUUUUGUGCAACUGUUUAUGGUGCUAGCUCCGCUGCUGCUGCCGAAGGUAUUAAAUAUUGGACUCCAGAAAUGCUUAUUAUGGGAAGAAUGCUUUGGGGCUUCAUAUUUUGUUUAUUCACUCUUAUAUUCAGAAUAAUUUUUGAGGAUGGUUACAAGCAGAUUUGCCGUGCUCACUUUUUGUCAGGUCCAUGGCCUUAUAUCAAUAUUGCAAUCGGCGGCUUGCUCAAUCUUGGUAUUCCACACAGUUUAAUUUACAUUGCCCAACAAUGGAUUCCUAGUGCCGCUGUACAGCUUUCCAAGCCUCUUCAGCCACUUGGUUCUAUUAUUGCAAACUGCAUUUUACCAAUUGAUGAAAAGCUCACACUUCAUAAGGGAUUAGCUCUUCUCUCUGCCAUCAUUGGUGUAUCACUUGGCGCUGUCCCAAGUUUCCGUCAUACACAUGGAAAAGCAAGUGGUGGCCAAGUUGGUCUUGGUUACGCUCUCCUUGUCUUAGCUAUGAUUCUUUUCGGUGCUGCAGCCUCAUGGUUCAGAUGGCGCACACCAAAUGUUGACAUUACGAUCUCAUCUUUGUUACAAACAUUUUUCUCGUUCUGGUUCGAUAUGAUUUGGUCUCUUAUCAUGGAUGGUCCGAAGAAAUUCAGAGAUACAUUCAUCAAUUGCACUGCUUACGGCUGGAUUUGGCCAGUUCUUCUUGGUGUUCUUGGUUCUGGUAUGGCUGUCCACGGAUUUAUGUAUCUUGUAGCUCACCUUGGUUCAGUUGGCGCUGGAUUUAUUCCAUUCGCCCAAAUUAUUGUUGGUGUUACAAUCGGUGUUGUUAUUCUUCACGAAUGGAAAGGUUUCUUAUGGUGGGAAAUCUUCCUCAACGUCCUUGGUCUUAUUUUCUUGGCACUUUCUCUUGUCAUCGGAUUCAUGAAAGACAAAGACGAUAUGGCUCAACAAGAAAAGCAUGGAGAAGAGGAAGAAGAGCAUGCUCAUGGUGAAGAAGAGCAACUUGAUGAAACUGAUGAACUUGCUGAACUUUAA